AUGAAACAGUGCAGUUGGGAGCAGAAUAUGGCAAAUACGUUUGUCACUGUACCUGAUGGGUAUUGUCUUCCUGAGCCCAUACAGUAUUACGAUGUUUUACCGGAGCACAUCAACUAUCAGCUGCAAGACACUGAUUUUCAGAGUGUGCCUUACUGCCAGUACUCAACAGUUCAAAUUCCUCCUCCAGUAUUACAGUCACAACCUUCUCAGUCCCAAUACAGCACAUAUGGCCUGGACUCUCAGUACGGCGAUGGGCAGUGUAUCAUCAGCAGCUGUGAAUUAAGCAAACCCCCUUUCAUGGCUCCCCACAUUGAUGAUGGUGGAUACCAAGUAUUAAAACGGCCAAGAUUAAACCACUCUUCUUUGAGACUGAAGGGACAGGAGGAGCUGUGUGUUGUGUGUGGUGACAAGGCCUCAGGCUAUCACUACAAUGCACUUACCUGCGAAGGCUGUAAAGGCUUCUUUCGACGUAGCAUAACCAAAAAUGCUGUGUAUCGAUGCAAGAAUGGUGGUCAUUGUGAAAUGGACAUGUACAUGCGAAGGAAGUGUCAGGAAUGUCGCUUGAAGAAGUGUAAAGCUGUGGGAAUGCUAGCAGAAUGUUUGCUGACUGAAGUACAGUGCAAGUCAAAGCGACUCAGGAAGAAUUUCAAACAGAAGAGCAGUUUUCUUUGCAACAUAAAACUGGAAGAUGAGGGACUGAAUAGUAAGCAUGUAUCAUCUACAACAAGAUCUGGAAAAAUCCCAGAGAAGAUGGAGCUUACUCCAGGGGAACAUCAGCUUCUUGACCACAUUGUAGCAGCACACCAAAAAUACACAAUUCCCCUUGAGGAAGCAAAGAAGUUUCUACAAGAAACUGCAAGUCCUGAGGAAAGUUUUCUCCGUCUCUCCGAGACAGCAGUUGUCCAUGUACAAGUGUUAGUGGAUUUCACAAAAAGACUUCCAGGAUUUGAAAGUUUAGCUAGUGAAGAUCAGAUCGCGCUGCUAAAAGGGUCAACAGUUGAGGCAAUGUUUUUGCGUUCAGCCCAAAUAUAUAACCAAAGAAUUAGUGAAUGCCAACCAUCAACAAGUGAAAGUCAUGUAAGACUUUCUGAUCAUGGGACAUGUUGUCACAUUCAAAACCUUGAUAAAAACAACAUUUAUUCCAUGGAAAUGUCUCACAAUGAGGAGAGUCCAACUUCCACUACUACCACAGGUAUAACCGAGGACUUUAUUACCGCACUGUUUUACUUCUACAGAAGCAUGGGGGAACUGAACGUGACUGAGACCGAGUAUGCCCUGCUUGUAGCAACAACUGUGUUUUUUUCAGACCGCCCGCUCCUGAGGAACAAGCGGCACGUAGAAGAGCUGCAGGAGCCGCUCCUGGGCAUCCUCUACAAGUACUCGAAGAUCCAUCACCCCGAGGACCCCCAGCACUUCGCCCGCCUUAUCGGGCGCCUCACGGAACUGCGCACCCUCAACCACACCCACGCGGAGGUGCUGGUGACAUGGAGAACAAAGGACCCCCGGCUGACCUCCCUGCUCUGCGAGAUCUGGGAUCUGCACUAGGCCGC